UGGAGAAAGAGAAGGAGGGCAGACAACUGACGAGCCGCGGGGAUUAGGUGACUGAACGCCGCCGACGGAGAGACCCCAACCAGCCUCCUUCUCGUGCAAGAAGAGCAAAAACAAUCAACCAUAUCCUUGUGAUGGAUCUGCAUUCAGCUCCAAACAACAAAGUGAGCAGAAUUCCAGUCAUGGCAAGACUUGUGCUUUCCCUGCUGCUGCUGUGUGGAUGCCAAAACAGCCUCUGCUCGAACUCCUCGGAGGCUCAGAAGGAGGCGAGUGCCAAUGACAACAGCACGGUUUUCACCAGGAUCCUGGACGGGCUCCUGGAUGGUUACGACAACCGGCUCCGGCCGGGGCUCGGAGAGAACGUCACCGAGAUCAAGACGAAUAUUUUCGUCACCAGCUUCGGCCCGGUGUCUGACACGGAGAUGGAAUACACCAUCGACGUCUUCUUCCGUCAGAGCUGGAAGGACGAGCGCCUGUGCUUCAAGGGGCCCAUGGAGAGGCUGCCGCUGAACAACCUGCUCGCCAGCAACAUCUGGACCCCAGACACCUUCUUCCUGAACGGCAAGAAGUCGAUCGCUCACAACAUGACCACCCCCAACAAGCUGCUGAGGCUGAAGGACGACGGCACUUUACUUUACACGAUGAGACUGACCAUAUCAGCAGAAUGCCCCAUGCAGCUGGAGGAUUUCCCCAUGGACGCACACGCCUGCCCUCUCAAGUUUGGCAGCUAUGCCUAUCCAGUGUCAGAGGUGGUCUACACUUGGACUACAGGAGCUGCAAAGUCUGUGGUGGUGGCAGAGGACGGCUCCAGGCUCAACCAGUACCAUCUCAUUGGGCAGACUGCCGGCACAGAGGACAUACACACAAGCAGAGGACAGUACACAGUGAUGAUGGCCCACUUUUACCUUAAGAGGAAGAUUGGCUAUUUUGUCAUCCAGACGUAUAUGCCCUGUUUCAUGACAGUAAUUCUGUCCCAAGUGUCGUUUUGGCUAAACCGAGAAUCGGUUCCUGCGAGGACUGUCUUUGGGGUGACCACUGUGCUGACCAUGACCACCCUCAGCAUCAGCGCCAGGAACUCACUCCCCAAAGUGGCCUACGCUACAGCCAUGGACUGGUUCAUUGCCGUCUGCUACGCGUUCGUCUUCUCUGCCCUCAUCGAGUUCGCCACAGUGAACUACUUCACUAAGAGGAGCUGGGCCUGGGACGGCAAGAAGGCUCUGGAAGCACAUCACCCUAAGAAACGAGAUCCCAUGGUGCUGUCCAAAAAGCCCAACAACGUUUGCUUGGCCGGCGUGAACUACACCCCCAACCUCACCAAGGACGUGUCCAUCUCCACCAUCUCCAACACGACGUCGGUGCAGCUCCGAGCCGCCGAGACCAGGAUGGUGGACCCCAAGAAGACCUACAACAGCGUCAGCAAGAUCGACAAGAUGUCGCGGAUAGUGUUCCCCGUCCUGUUUGGAACCUUCAACCUCGUCUACUGGGCCACGUAUCUCAACAGAGAACCAGUGGUGAAAGGAGUUGUCACCUCAACGUAAUCUUUUUUCUUUUCGGAGACAGAGAAGUUUGUGCGGGGGGGGGGAGUUCGAGCCUAAUUGGAGAGUGGGUGGACUAAAAGGAAAGGAGUUGCUUGAAGGUCUUUGCCCUAGACAAAAAAACAAAACAAAUAUCUGCUCUUGAAGAACAACAACUAUACUCAACUAUCCAUUUCAAGCACUUUGAAUGGACGCAAGGCUGCGACAGAAUCCUUGUUAUUCGUGGCCUAAAAAAAAACUGCUCGAUCACAAAGAAACUCAUUUUAAGAUGAGAGAGCGGGUGCUUUGCUUUUUCCUUUUGCUUUAUCCUGCUGCAGUUUGCAUGACGCUCUCCUCAAUAAAAUAAACCAAGGACUCCUCUUUGCCUCUUUGUGUUGAAUGCCGAUGUAUAUGUCAAUCAUUGCUUCGAGUAUGAGAGCACACGUAAGCAUUCUGAGAAACUUUGCCUACAUCGAAACGCGUCAUAUUCUUACCAUGGAGGCUUGAAAUACAUCGAGCUCAUGCUGUGAAAAAACUUGAGAGCAAAAUGCAUUUGAAUUUGAAAACUGGACUCAAUUCCACUCUUGUGUGGAAGAAACAUCUCUUGAGAUUAAUGCUGCAAGUGCAUUAAUAAUUUAAUUUCAUGUCGUCUUUCUAAAGAAGAAACUUUGCUUCUUCUUUUUUUUGCUUCUAUUGCAGCGAGUGUGUCUCUUUGUACGUCUUUACUUGAAGAUUCAGAAGCCUACUGCUGCAUGCCUGGUUUCCCAAAAGCAUUGGCAGAUGAAGUCUGUAUGAAAAG